AUGUACAUUCCAUUGCUAUUGCUUGUAUUCUGCUAUACACUUGGUAUAGUUACCUGUUCUCCUGGCUGUCAGGGUAACUGUGUGUCGGAUUACACAUGCAAAGGUACAUGUGGCGAUACAUACGACAACGACAAUACAUGUCUCCAUUGUACUUUCACUGAUCCCAAAGACACAACAAAACCAAUUUAUCUCAGCUCAGCGAAAACAUGUAUUAAAGCUCCAAAUAGAAUUCAAAAAACGUCAUGGCUUCCACCAUCAAACAAAAUUACAGAACUUAUUCUUGGAAACAAAAUAGCAGUGUUGUUGAAUUCAAAAAGUGAUAUUGACCACUCUUUUUGUUACAACAAGAAUCCAUAUAGGCUUGGAAAAUGGUUUAAAGUCGACAUGAGUAAAAUUACAAAAGACCAGCUCAUUUUAUCUUUGAAAAAGACUUCAGAGUGUUUAUCUGAUAUUGAGGUUGACAUAACAAAUUCACAAGAAAAUGCUUCAAGUGGGUAUUGUCUGUCAUACACUCUCCUCAAUUCUUCGUACACGACAAGAGAUAUCCAAUCCCCCAAGGUUUCUCCCUUUGGUGUGUAUGGCACUGACAGUUUUAAUUACUAUAUUUACAUCAGUAUUUCAGAUAUAUGUGAAUUGAAUUUGGAAAUUGAAAUUAAAGAAGGAGUUGGUAAACAAUUUGAAUCAUUCAAAGACAUCACACAACAAGAUGUCGACUCUUUGUAUAGCGACUUGUCUUCCUCUCUUGAUAUAGUGUUUUCCUUUAAAUCACAAGGAUUUUUUGGGUUUCCCAUAUGUCUCAAAGACAAACUUUUUAAAGUGAUUCUCUUUACUGUAAAUUUUACAGGAAACUUUAAUUUAGCUUUAGAUGGGAGAAAAGUGAAUAGAAACCACUAUCUGACUGAAUAUAAUAAAUUCACCCUCGAAAAUGGUACACAAAAGACAGAGUGUGUCAGUUUGUGGAGUGGAGAGAGACAUGGCUUUUUAGCAUCAGAUUUAAAAAAUGGUGUUUUAGUUAAGAUAUCAAGUUCACCGCACAUCAGAUAUUUUGCUCUCCUUUCCGAAGAAAUGAACGCUGAGAUGGAACUUUUAGUCAGUGUAAUUUGCCCCGACAAUUGUGGAGAAAAUGACCCCAACGGAAUUCGAGGAACUUGUUCCACAAUCGACAAAAAGUGUAUUUGUAAAGAUGGAUUUGGAGGAGAUGAUUGUCAUUCCCUCUGCUUUUUUAAUGGUACUUGGCAAACAAACACUAAUUACGAUUUGUGUUACUUUGGAACGCGAAAUUGUGAUCAGUAUUGCCAUUGUACAAGUGGAAAUGUGUUAUCAAAUCACUUGUGUCUGUCUGCUGAAUGUUUUGCAGGUAACAUUGGCCCAAACGAUGAGUGUUAUGCUUCAAACGAAGGAUGUAUGGCCAACUGUCGCUGUGCCAUCACACAAGGGUUUAAAAAGUCUACCAAUGGGACAUGUGCCAACACUGCAUGUGGUAAUGGUAAAAUAGACAAGUACUUUGACGUUUACUCUAAAUACAUUCGAACUGAAAGUUGUGAUAACGGUACUCAUUGCACACCACAUUGCAUAUGUGAGGAGGGGUAUAUUACAAAUCCAAAAGACGAGUUUUCGUGUUACAAAAAGACGCUUCCUGUUCGAGAGAUAAUUGGGAUGAUCGUUGUUUUUGGUGGUCUCACUAUAGUGACGAUUGUCAUAGUGAUAGUUAUAGUGAGAUGUGGUAUGAGAUACAGAAGAACUGAUAUAGAUGUGUUUAAGCAACAGCAACCAAUUUACCAUUUUUACAUUGCAGGCUCAACUCGUGUCUUUCCAUCAAAAGAAGCAAAAUAUAAAAUUGACCCAAUCGAUUUGGAUUUUGGAAAUCUGAACACCGCAACAACCAUUUCAGAUACGCGAUUCGAGAAGAUGGAAAUAAAAAAUUAUUCAAAGAACAAAUACAUGAUGGUAAUAUUUCACACUCCAAAUAACCCUAAAUAUGUAUUUCACUUUGAGCCACAAGUGGUAAUAAUACCUCCAAGAAGAGGCAGUGUCCCUAUGAUCACAUAUAUGACACUCAAUUGCACUACUAAAAUUAGAGACAUGAAGAUCCCAUACACUAUCUGGUUCUCAAAGAGUAAAAGCACAUUAACAAAUAUUUCGGAAGUACUUAAAGACAAGGAUUUUGAAACGUGGUCUGUGGACGACGAACAAAAAAUGAGUAAUUUGCGGAAGGGAGUAGUGAGACAAAUGCAUCACAAUUUGACAAUAAAAACUGACGCAGCAAGUUCAACUUUUAUUGAUAUGGACGAGUUGAACAUGUCAGAAAAGCCGAUAGCAGAAGGAGCAAUGGGUCGUGUAUAUAUUGGAAGUUAUCGAAGUGUUCCUGUUGCUGUGAAACAGUUCCGAUGGGAGAAUUUGGAUGAAGAAGAAGUAUCAGAACUGAAGAAAGAAGUAACAUCCGAGUGUGAGAUCAUGAGUAAAUUACGGAAUCCGUUCAUAGCGAGUUACAUGGGGUCAGUGACAUACAUCCCACAAGUCUCGAUGGUCAUCCAAUUCUUUGUACUGGGCUCAUUGGGUGAAUAUUUAACACCAGACAAGAGUGACUUCAUAAAGAUGCCAUACAAAUUGAAAGUGCGGAUGUUGUUUGACACAUCACGCGGAAUGCAAUUUCUUCAUGAGAACAGAAUCAUGCACCUCGACUUGAAGCCCGACAAUUUGUUAGUAAACUCUUUAGACCCAAAUAGUGCGUGUUCUAUCAAAAUCACAGACUUUGGAACAUCACGAUUUACAAAAAAGACAAUUAAAAACAAUGAGGACAGGGGACUCGGCACGCCAAUCUAUGCCGCACCAGAGACUUUCAAAGACGAAUACACAUUUGCGGGUGAUGUCUAUUCAUUUGCAAUCACAUCUUGGCAAGUAUUUUACCAAGUCGAGCCAUAUAACGAGUUAAAGAGUGUGUUUGAUAUUAAGAAACAUGUUGAAGAAGGCAAGCGUCUUCUGGUUGAUGAAAAAAUGCCAAAAUAUUACAGUGAGAUGGUUGUGAACUGUUGGGACCAAGAUCCCAGCAAACGGCCGACCUUUGAUCAAGUUUCGCGGUGUUUUAUAGCAAUCAAUGAUGACGUUGAGAAUCGUUCGGAUCUUGACGCGGAUGUAUCUUUAGACAAAAUUGACAGCCUCAUAGCAACAAGAAAUCAACGACUUAGAAAAAACCUCGACGAAAUUCAAAAGGAUUUUUAA